GUGGGGGACUUCUGGCGGAUGGUGCUGCACGUGCGCCCCGCCGCCAUCGUGAUGCUCAACGGCCUGAUACCCCCGCGGGAGGCGGCGGACUUCCCCGAGUACUGGCUGCCGGAGUCGCUGCCUCCCGGGGGCCCCUCGCUGUCGGCGCUGGAGGCGGACGCGUGCGAGGAGCCCGCAGCCUGCACGGUCAGGAGGCUGCGGUGCGGCCUCCGCGACCGCGAGUGGUGCGGCCCCCAGCUGUCGGUCUCCUGGUGGCGCGACCAGGACGAGCCCCCGAUGGACAGGUUCCUCGCGCUGCUGCGGCUGGUGGACUCGUUCGUCGCGCGCCACGGGGAGGCCCAGCCCUCCGUCGUGGUCCACUGCGCGGGCGGCAUCGGGCGCGCUGGCGUGUUCAUCGCGGCAGACUGCGGGGCCCGCGCCGUGGCGCUGGGGCUCCCGCCCUCCAGCUGCAGCCCGGACCAGCUGGUUGGCUACCUCCGGCGCUGCCGUAUGAACAUG